AUGCCAGAGGAUAUGUUUAAACCAGUCGGGGAACAAGCUGAAGAAGCGGAGCAGGUCGGCGUGCGCUUGACGGGCGCGGAGGACGCCAUGGGACACCCAGUGCAAGAGAUAGAGUCCCUGUGUAUGAACUGUGGGGAAGACGGUACCACGCGGCUGCUUCUUACGUCGAUCCCGUACUUCCGCGAGGUUGUCAUCAUGUCGUUCGAGUGCCCUCACUGUGGGCUCAAGAACUCGGAGAUCCAGCCGGCGUCGCAGAUCCAAGAAUUGGGGUCCAAGUACUUGCUCAAGAUCGAACAGAAAGAGGAUUUCAACAGACAGGUUAUCAAAUCGGAGACGGCGACUUGUAAGUUCGCAGAACUAGAUAUCGAGAUCCCACCGAAACGCGGGGUGCUUACCACAGUAGAGGGUCUGUUGGAAGAGAUGAUAGAGGACCUUCAAUCGGACCAAGAACUGAGAAAGAAACAGCACCCUGAGUUGUACACCCAGAUCGAACAAGUCAUCGCGAAGGUUAAAUCGUGCAUCAACGCGGAACAGGGGACUCUCCCAUUGACUUUCACGCUCGAUGACCCGGCGGGGAACUCCUGGAUCGAGUACAAACCGGGGGAGCCACAACACAAGUGGUCGCACACGCAGUACCCGCGCACAGACGAGCAGAACGUCCUCGUCGGGAUCAUCACGCAGGACCAGCUUGAGCAGAGACGCAGGGACAGGGCGCAGGCGGCACAGAAGGCCCGCGAUACGGCAGAGAGAAACCCAUCGCAAGCCGAGACACUCAAGGGGAAAUUCGUCUCUGACCAAACGGACAUCGAGAACUUCAACAACGAGGUCCAGACUUUCGCGGCAACGUGCCCCUCUUGUGGGGGUGCUUGCGACACGCACAUGAAACCUGUCAACAUCCCACAUUUCAAAGAGGUCAUCAUCAUGUCCACAGUGUGCGACAAGUGCGGGUACAAGUCCAACGAGGUCAAAACAGGUGGUGCGAUUCCGGAUAAGGGCCGCAAGAUCACGCUCUACUGCGACGACCCGAGCGACCUCUCCAGGGACAUCCUCAAGUCAGAGUCCUGCACGCUCUCCUGUCCAGAACUACACUUGGACAUCCAGGAGGGAACAUUGGGUGGUAGAUUCACCACUUUGGAAGGUUUGCUCAGACAAGUCUACGAGGAACUUCAAGCUAGAGUAUUCACUGUCAGCUCGGACUCCAUGGACGACGCAACGAAACAGAACUGGGAGAAGUUUUUCGCCAAUUUGCAGGACGCCAUCGACGGGAAGGUCAAGUUCACAGUCGUCAUGACAGACCCGCUUGCAGGGUCGUACAUCCAGAACGUCUACGCCCCGGAUGCAGACCCAAACAUGACCAUCGAGGACUACGAAAGGACAAAGGAACAGAACGACGAACUAGGACUCUCAGACAUGAAGGUCUGA